GGGAAGCUGUGCUGGUCCUUCUAGGGGAAGGGAAGGGACAGGGGUCCCCGGAGAAGAAGAAGGAGAUCCACCCCAGCCCCGCGAAGCCAUUACCUUUUUCCUGAGAACAUCGGCCCGAGAAUCACCUAGGAGAGAGGAUGAGGCCAAGCCAGGCCGGGCUCUGGCAGUAUAAAGGAGUGACACGCACGUCGGCUGUAGACACCGCGAUGGCUAUCUCAGAUGUGGGUCUCCCAGGCGAGGUUCCUUGGAAGAAGAUGUCUGCAGAGGAGCUGGAGAAUCAGUACUGUCCCAGCCAAUGGGGUGUCCGACUGCGAGCAGAGGAAGCCUUGAGGACCUACUCACAGAUAGGAAUCGAAGCCACCAGGAGGGCCCGGGCCACCAGGAAGAGCCUGCUGCAUGUCCCCUAUGGAGACGGCGAAGGGGAGAAACUGGACAUCUACUUCCCUGACGAGGCAGCAGAAGCUUUGCCUUUCUUCCUGUUCUUUCACGGAGGAUACUGGCAGAGUGGAAGUAAGGACGAGUCUGCCUUCAUGGUCGACCCGCUGACGGCACAGGGAGUGGCUGUGGUAAUAGUGGCUUAUGACAUCGCCCCCAAAGGCACCCUGGACCAGAUGGUAGACCAGGUGACCCGCAGCGUUGCGUUUGUCCAGAAGCAGUAUCCAAGCAAUGAGGGAAUUUACCUAUGUGGACACUCAGCCGGGGCCCACCUGGCCGCCAUGAUGCUCCUUGCCAACUGGACCAAGCAUGGGGUCACGCCCAACCUCAAAGGCUUUUUCCUCGUGAGUGGGGUCUUUGACCUGGAGCCCAUCAUGUAUACUUCACAGAACGUCGCUCUCCAGCUGACCCUGGAGGACGCUCAGAGGAACAGCCCCCAGCUGAAGGUGGCCCAGGCGCAGCCGGUGGACCCCACCUGCCGUGUGCUGGUGGUCGUGGGCCAGUUCGACUCCCCCGAAUUCCACCGACAGUCCUGGGAGUUUUACCAGAACCUGUGUCAAGGAGAGUGGAAAGCCUCGUUUGAACAGCUCCAUGAUGUGGACCACUUUGAAAUCGUUGAGAAUCUGACCCAGAAGGACAACAUGCUCACCCAGAUUAUCUUGAAAACAAUCUUCCAGUAGUUCUGACGACACCUGGAGCCUGGUCCAAGUGCACCGCACCUUGGGAAGCCUCUCCAAAGAGUUUUCGGAGCUGAAGCUGCCUGCUUCAAUUUUCCCCAGCACCCAGGAGAGCCUUGCUGUGUCUGCCUGCCCGGCAACAGUCCAUUCUCACUGCUGGGAUACUCGUGAAAAUUUCCAGGUCCUCCCUCUUCCCAGCCCGGAUGGAGCUUCAGGGAGGCUCCAGGGAACGUCCACGAGUCAAUGCUCAGAGAUGCUGGGAGCCGCCUGUAAGCCUCAUCUGGCCCCUCUAUCUGCUGACAGAAUGUGACAAAGAUGACUUACCUCUAGCGUUUUUGUAUGACCCACCAGCUAAAAAUGUCAUUACUUUUUUUUU